AUGAAGGCGCUUUUGAUUCAAUCGCAUGUGGUACACGGGUAUGUUGGCAACAAAGCGUCCAGUUUCCCACUGCAAUUGCGAGGAUGGGACGUUGACGCACUGAACACGGUGCAGUACUCGAACCACCCAGGGUACGGGUUCUUCUCUGGGUUCCAGUACUCCGAGAAAGUCCUGCGGGACACGUUGUUAAAGGGGCUUAUAGAAUCCAUGGACAUCCACUACGACGUUGUUUUGACUGGGUAUUGUCCUAGCGGCGAAAUACUCGAGGAGAUGGCCCGGAUCAUCAACUCCAAGAUGGCCCACGUCAAGUGGGUUCUCGACCCUGUUUUGGGAGACAACAACAGACUGUACGUCUCUGAGACUGUUGUAGACGUAUAUAGGACUUUGCUGCGCGACAACCUCGUGUACCUCACGACGCCUAAUCAGUUUGAAAUGGAGUUACUCACAGGCACCAAGAUCAGGGACGCACCGUCCUUGCAUGAGAGUCUCCGCCGAUUCCACAAACUGUACCCGCGUGUACAACGCAUCGUAGUGACAAGCAUUGACAUGGACACAUGCGGGGGUGACCCCCGGGACACAAACUACGUCGUUGGCUACUGGGGUCCAGAUUUCACAGUAGAUCCUUCCUCACACACCAUCAAGAAGAUAAACGCACUGUUCAACGGGAGCGGCGACCUGUUCACUGCACUGCUGAUGGAUUACUCUGUUGCCCGGGAGAUGCACCUGGGCGACGCUGUCACAGCUACUGCGACUCUGACGUCCCAGAUCCUCUCAAGAACGUGUGAUCUGACCCCGAACCGUGCCCAAGCGACAGACCCGGACGUACUCGUGGCAGGGCCCGCCCCAGUGAAAGUGCAGGACCUGAAACUGAUCCAGUGCCGCGAUCUGAUCGUCCUGCCCGCAGCAGACCCACCAGCGGACCCUGUCACUACCACUACCACUACUACUAUUACUACUUAA